GGGAGAGAGAGAGACGCAGCGGAUGCUGAUGACGGAUCCUCACUGAGAGGAUGCUAUCGAUCGGGCUCGCUGAUGCUCUCCCCUCCAGUUUGAUAAACAUGCUGAUGUGCGCAAUUACACCUUUCCUGCUCCUCACUGGCUUAUUGACGAAGGUAAUGUGAGCAGCGGCCGCACAACGCAUGGGAAACCCGAGUCAUCAAUGCAGAACCCCUCAGCGCUAUUCGGGAUGGUCAGCCACUGUCAGACCCCAACUUUCACAGACUUCACCGGCUUGUCGCUGUCCGUGUACGGAGCCAAGACAGCGGACAUCUGUGCGCGCAGAGCCGGGAGCGGUGGUUUCGGAUCGCAGAUUUGCCGGAGCUCCCAUGACACCCCGACUCACAUGAGCUGCGCCAGCCCAAAGAGACUCAGCGUGUCCGAAGAAAAAGCGCAUCUGUCAGCCAAAGCUCCGCGCUCGUGCCUCUCGCUCCCACCAGCGCAAGUGAACGGUGCCUACUGCUCAGAGAAGGAUUUAGACACGGAGCUGGGUGAUGCUGAGGGCACCCUGAUGCGAUGUGGGCAGAGUUUGCCACUGCUGGUGGGGGGUCAUUUAGGGGGGCUUUAUACCCAGAGCCUCCACUGCGACAGACCUACGCCCGACCUCAUCCUGCACGACGGCCCUCACCAAGACACCAGAUCCUCCUCUGCCUUCCAGAGGACCCUGCCAGGGGCCUCAGCCAGCCUGAGCUGCGGCGGUGCCAAUGGGGCUCGCUCCUCUCUCCCUUACCCAAUCAAACAGGAGAACUCAAUGGGCUACAAGAUCUCCAACACGGGGUCCGCGGUCCAUAGCACGUCUCAGGCGGGUUUUCAGAACUGUGCGGCAGGCCAUGUAUUGGGGAUGACAAGGGAUGAGAUAGUUGGAGUGCCACAUGUUAGCAGCAACAGUAGUGGCGUUGGCACAGUGAGUGAUGUCGGUAGCGCUGUGUCAGCGGACGCAGUGCAACCGUUUAAUAAUGAAGAUGGCCCCUCCCCAUUGGCUUUGUCCCCAACUGGCUCCCGUCAUUCAGCGCGGCUGCUCAAUGCUAGCAGUCUGAGGAGACGCUGCCUGUCUCUGGCCUCACAGUCCACGGCCGCUGCUGGCAGCGUUGCUGCCACAGGUUCCCCGUCGGCUACUGGUGCUGAUCUCUCUGAGGAGAUCAAUAUCACCGCCAUCGUCUGCUCCUCCUCCCAGAUGUCGAUGGUUGCCUGCGUCAACGGUUUUCGCACUAACGUCUCGCCCAGCCACACCAGCAGUGCCGGCUUCUCCUCCUCUUCCUCCUCCUCUUCUACAUCCCCACCCUCUAACUCCUGCUCACGGGAAGCCCCCCAGAGGCCCCCACCUCACGGCAGCCCCCAGCAGGCCACGCUACAGGAGAGCUGUCAGCUAUCCUCACCUGCCACCUGCCUGCUGUCUCUUUCCUCCUCCUCCUCUUCGUCUUCCUCUUCAGUGUCAUCAGUGGAGCCGGAGCAGGGCCAAGGGCAGAGCCAGGGGCUGUGUGAGGAGCGGGGCUCCAUGCUGCAGGGGCGUGGGGCUGGAGGAACAGCUGGGGGAAGUGUGGGAGGAGGGGGAGGAGGGGGCUCAGACGGGUUGGGGCUACUGAUGAGUGGGUCCCUGAUGUCUGGGAUGCUGCAUUCGGGGCCUGAAGCUGGGGCUCUCAUGGACGGGGGCCAAAGAUCAGGGGCUGCCCUCAAACAGGAGCCCCUGGAUGAUUUUUCUCCUAGUGAAGACGAACUCUUUCAGCACCACUAUCAUCAUCACCAUCACUUGAGUGGUCGUAGCGGGCACCUUCGUCAGCCUCACCACCCGUCUCGCCCCGCUAUGCCUCCGCCCUACCACCUGCACCAAUACGUUGGGCCCAGUCCUGGGGGUCUUCUGCACCACCAGAGCCAGCAAACAGCACCAACCUCUUCCCUGGGACUCAAACCGAACACUGGAGGCCCUCCUGGGUCUCACGCAGCCCCAGAGCGGGAAGAAGUCGGAGGAGGAGUGCUGGUCGAUAAGCAGGUGUGUCGCUGGAUUGACUGCAGUGCUGCGUACGAGCAGCAGGAGGAGCUUGUGAGGCAUAUUGAGAAGGUCCACAUUGACCAGCGCAAAGGAGAGGACUUCACCUGUUUCUGGGCCGGCUGCAUUCGCCGCUACAAGCCCUUCAACGCCCGCUACAAGCUGCUCAUUCACAUGAGAGUCCACUCCGGAGAGAAGCCUAACAAGUGUAUGUUCGAGGGCUGCAACAAAGCGUUUUCACGUCUGGAGAACCUGAAGAUCCACCUGAGGAGCCACACAGGAGAGAAGCCGUACCUGUGCCAGCACCCUGGCUGCCAGAAAGCUUUCAGCAACUCCAGCGACCGCGCCAAGCAUCAGCGCACUCACCUGGACACGAAACCAUAUGCAUGUCAGAUCCCCGGCUGUACCAAGCGCUACACAGAUCCCAGCUCCCUACGCAAACAUGUCAAGAUCCACUCAGCCAAAGAGCAACAGGUGCGUAGAAAGCUUCGGCCAUGUCCUCACCUGGAGCAGGACGUCCUGAGUGACUGCCUGUCCAUGCAGCAUCUCCAGAGCUCCACCUCCUCGCAGCAUCUCUACAACGGCAAAGAUGGUCGUUCUCCUGGACUGGGCCAAGACAUCUUCACAGGCCUGUACGCUGGCUCCAGCACCCCCCAUCACAGCGCCUCAGUGGAGCUCCUCUCCCCGACCCCCAACCCCACCUCCGUCUCCACCACUGACCUGCCCUCCCGACAACACCGACUGGACCGGGACCUCGGCAGCCCCCAUCACCUGUCCCCGCUGGCUGCCAUGGACGGCACAAGAGACGGUGUGUCGGGUCCCCUCCUGUCUCCGGGGAUGAAGGGAACAGGAACGCCGCCUCCUCCUCCUCCUCCUCCUCCUCCUCCUCUGGAGAAACAGCAUGUCCACCCUCACCACAAGCCCUACUCUCACUAUCACCAUCAUCAGUCUGCCAACGACGAAUACCAAGGCAGCUUUCAGAGCUGCUUCCAUUUCGGAGACUCCUACAGGAUGGAGCAGACGGUCGGUGGUGUCCACGUCCCAGGAGAUUCUCACGCCUACACUUCCCAUCAACACAAUGGCUUCCACAUGUCAACUAGCAACAAUGGCACUGCAGGUUUCAACCUGACCCAGGAGCUUCAGGGCGGUGCAGGGUGCCAGUUCUCCUCCAGCCCUGAGGAGAGCAUCUUCUUCCAGGUGGGCAACUUUGACCGCAGCAUGAGCCACAUGUCCUCUGUCUACACGGAGACAUAGAGCAACACUGGAGCAGGGCACGCUUCACCACACCCAUCUUCUCAUACUUGGAUCCUCUUUUCUCUUCUUCCUGAUACUACAGUAUCUGAACGGCUGAAAUGCAAACAUCAAAGUAUGUAAGAACAGCGGUUCUUAACCUUUAAGGCUUUUGACCCUUUAAAACAGAUGUCUGGUCAUCAGUUGCUUAUGGUUUCCAG